AUGUCACUAUCGUAUGCCUAUUUGUUGACCCAGAUGGUGAUUUUCAUCCCAGCUAUAGAGUCCUGGUUGCGCGCAGACCCUCAUGAAGUCCUAAUAGUCACGACAAUUGAAUGGUAUGAACGCAUCAAAGCAAGCCUGGAGACGGUUGACGACCCAAGAGUCAUAGUUCAUGCAAUUGAGGUGAAGAGCAAACGACCAGGUCUAAUAGCAGGUAUUCAACGCACGACCACUGAUCAUGUUGUUCUUCUCGACGAUGACUCAAUUUGGUCACUCGCUACUCUCCAAGGCUUACUAUGUGGAUUAUCCGCGGGGCCAAGAGUAGCCGGUGUUAGCAAUAUCAAGGUUAAUAUUCGAAUGACGCUGCCAGCACUAGCUCCAGACGCACCGAGCAUGUUCGAGGCCAUGGGUGCCGGGAGGCACGACAGACGUGCAGCCACAAAUACAGCGAUGGCUUACUUCUGCGAUAGCCAGAUUACGUGUUAUACGAGUGAGACAACUGCGUAUCGCACUGAGGCUCUACAACGCCCAGGGUUUGUGGAGCACGUUGUCGAGGAUUACUGGAAGGGAAAAUGUAAACUGUCAAGCGGAGAUGACGGGGCCAUCACGCGCCUGUAUCAAAACGGUCGGAAGACAGGCAUUGUAGUACAUGAUGAAUGUGCAAUUGAACCGAAAUCAAAGGAAAACACUGAUUAUCUCAAGCAGAUACUACAGUGGUCUCGCAGUGAGGUCAGGCAGCUCGUGCGAGACCCCUACUUGCUUCUACCCUCACACAGACGCCACUGA